GUGCAGACCAAACAUUUGUUUACCUCAUCACUCUGGUAGCUUCCGAAUAUAUUGGAUUGUGAAGCGAAUUUCAUCAAAAUGGGAACGGACGACCUCAGUAAAGGCGAAAAAAUACUAAACGGAUUCCAAAUCAACUGGAUGAUACUACGAGAUGCGGACACGGGACAAAUCAUCUGGCAGGAAAAUAAAGAUUUUUCCUGUCCCGAUGUGGAACAUGAGGCUAAAGUGCCAGUAAAGAUACUUGGUCUGCGGGCAGUUUCAAGAGAAAUCAAUUUCAGCACCGUCGAGUCGAUGGAAAACUUUCGUCUCGAUCAAAAGGUGCUCUUUAAAGGACGAAUUAUGGAGGAAUGGUUGUUUGAGAUGGGAUGGGUCAGUCCCAACACGACAAACACUUGGCAGUCCACGAUCGAAGCGGCCCCCGAGUCUCAGAUGAUGCCUGCUAAGGUGCUGAAUGGGAACGUGACUAUCGAAACAAGUUUUUAUGACGGUGAAACUUUUAUCAGCAAAUCGGUUGUGCGAUUAUACUACAUUUAGAAAACGACGAAACACUUCUGCUUCAAAAUACUCUAGUUUAAGAUUUUCAACGAAUUGCCACCCACCCGGAGGCGAAUCUUAUCGAAUUGUUUGGUUGUUCGUAAAAUCAUAGCAAAUCACCCAACUUUAUGGGACCACAUUAUUCAAAUUCAGUGCACUAUUGCACCAGCUAACGUGCGAACCUUUAUGUGCAGCACAGUUCGUGGGACAAUUCGCUACAAUCCUAUCUCUACGUAAUUACUUAUCUCUUGCUGGAAACAAAUGGAGACCGAACAAAGCAGUUCAAAGCUAAGUGCAUUUUGUUUUACAGGACGCUAAAACAUCAAACUUAGGGAGCUUUCGUGAACAGAACUAUUUAAGACGGAUCGAAAGAUUUCGGUACAUGUACAACUGAUUUGUUUACUGAAUCGUAUUGUAAUAUUUAGCACCGUUUAUGUAUUAUAAUUAGAGGUUUAAUUAGCAUUUUUUCGUUUGGUGCAACUGAAUUCGUGUUAAUUGUUUAACCAAUGUAAUGCCUAUAAGUAAUACAUACACCGAAUGUACGUAAGCAAUA